UACCCUGCCUGUCAUAUGGGAAACAGCUGGUGAUAAUAGACAGACUAUUAAUAGAUAUAUAUUUACAAAUCCGGUGUCUUCAGAAUUUAUUAGCAAACAAACCUAAGUUAGAAUAUUUGGAAAAUGUCACGAUUCAGCGGAGCUCUGCAGUUAACUGACUUAGACGAUUUCAUUACUCCGUCACAGGAGUGCAUCAAACCCAUCCCCAUAGAGAAGAGUAAAUCAAAGACAGGUGCCAAGAUUACCAUACUUGAAGAUGGUUAUUAUGAAGAGACUUCGGCAGGAAAGCAGAAACUCCAAAAAGUUGAAAUUACACUUCAAGAUUGUCUCGCUUGUUCUGGUUGUAUCACAUCGGCAGAAGGAGUUCUUAUCACACAACAAAGUCAAGAAGAAUUACUAAAAGUACUUCGUGAAAAUGUUGCGUUAAAAAGUCAAAGCGCCAGCGAAGGUUUACGUACGAUUGUUGUAACUAUUUCACCACAGCCAGUCAUCAGUUUAGCGCACCGUUACGACUUGAAACCAGAGGAAGCUGCAAAGCAUUUAAGUGGCUAUUUUAGAUCACUUGGAGCCGAUUAUGUACUUAAUACAAAAGUGGCUGAUGACCUCGCAUUACUCGAGUGUCGUAAUGAGUUUGUAGAACGUUACCGUGAAGCUACAAGUGGUGAUGCGGCUGCCGCAUCCUCUUUACCGAUGCUUUCUUCUUCAUGCCCCGGGUGGGUUUGUUAUGCGGAGAAGACGCAUGGGAACUUUAUUUUGCCUUACAUCGCCACAACUCGUUCCCCACAGCAAAUAAUGGGAGUACUGGUGAAACAAUGGCUGGCACAAAAAAUAGGCGUACCAUCCGAACGUAUCUAUCAUGUGACGGUAAUGCCGUGUUAUGACAAAAAGUUGGAAGCCUCACGUGAAGACUUUUAUAGCGAAGCAAAUAACUCACGUGAUGUGGAUUGUGUGAUUACGGCAAUUGAAAUAGAGCAAAUGCUUGCGGCUGAUGAUAAACCAUUGCACAUAUUUCCGCCAUCCGAUAUCGAUUCGCCAUGGAGUGCACAUAGCCAGGAGACUUCUAUGUGGGCGCAUGAAUUCUCCACUUCAGGCGGAUAUGCAGACCACGUAUUUAAAUACGCUGCUAAGGAACUGUUUGAAGAAGAUGUGGAACACUUGGUGUAUAGAAAUUUAAGAAAUCCAGAUUUCCGCGAAAUAACGCUGGAGCGUGAGGGUCAAAGCGUACUUAAAUUUGCUAUAGCUAACGGUUUUCGUAACAUACAAAAUUUGGUACAGAAGCUGAAACGCGGAAAAGCUUCAUAUCACUUUGUGGAAGUUAUGGCUUGUCCAUCUGGUUGUAUUAAUGGAGGCGCACAAGUGCGACCACCAACUGGUGUUCCAAUACAUGAACUGAACCAACAAUUGGAAGAGCUUUACAAACAAUUGCCAAAAUCGAUUCCCGAAAAUGAGGAUACCAAACAGAUUUAUAAAAAAUUAUUUGACGGUGCGCAUACUGAUAAAGCAAAAUCGUUGCUGCAUACCAACUAUCAUGCGGUGGAGAAAAUGAACACAGCGCUUAAUAUUAAGUGGUAAAUUCGAAUUUACACCAUGUUGUUAUAUACAAAGACGUAUAAUUCAAAAUUCCGUUUAAUUUGUAAAUAAAAUAACACAAACAUUUGCAAAUACUUACAUAAAUAUAUGUACAUAUGAAAAUCAGGACAAAAUUAAUUAUCGUGAAAUAAAUAAAAAUAAAAUGUUGCUUGC